AGCGGAUACACCAGCGGUAAGACUAGACUGCAUUUAACCGUCCUGCGAGAGAUACAAUUAAAAUGUCCCUCAAUACCUAGCAAACAUUUUGACUAUGUUUUAAUCUUUCUAUAGCUUGUACCGACCGUAUCGUGGAACAAUGGGGUUAACCUGCUCUCGAUUACCCGCGCGACAUUUUAAAGUUUUGCCACAUUUGCAGUACCCAUCUAAAGUUAAUUACGCUAAAGGAUAAGGGAUUUCGUUGCUCCAGGGGUUUGCAAAAAAUGAUGUUUCACGCUGCUCAGGUGGCAGGUUUCCGUCAUAUAGGCUGUACAGAAGCUUUUCUCGAGGCUGUCCAAUAUACUGAAGGGUCUUUUGAUUCAGUCAUAUCACGUAGGCUUCUCGUCUGUAUGUAGGCUGCUCUUCAUCUCUCUCAGGACUCAGCGUUGUGGGCAUCUCUCAUCUCUCUCUCUCUCUCUCUCAGUCGACUUGUUCAGUUUUGUCAGUAUGUGUCUAGUUUGAAACACAUUUCCAAACGAGCGAUGUGCUGCUCUGGAUACAGCCUACACACGUUUGGAGCACUUUCCAUGAAGUAUGAUGAUGAGUCCAAACAAGGCCAACAGUCUGCUGACGUGAAUUCCCACUCAUCCUCCCACCACUGGCUCAAGGAGAAGCUGCGUACUGGUGAGGCUGCCCAGAGCAGGAGAAGCACGAAAGAGCUGCGUUUUCCGAGAGAGGAUCAGAGACGGCGAGAGAGAGAGAGAGAGUCUGGCUGAACGUCCCUCAGGAUGAAGAAAAGCAGUAGUGCACAGGGGGUUACACCAAGCGAUGAGAAUAAGGAGCCUCCUGUGGGACAAUUUUCCACAGGCAGCACCCUCGGGGUAGAGGUGUGCAGAGUCCACAGGCGGUUUUCUGGCAACCUGCAGUUGCCUCCGUUGUCAUGGCGACAGGCGGAAAAGGAGAGGGAUAGAGGCUGGUCACUAACGCCUGAAGAAGAUCCAGUGACCCGGACCAGACCCACAAGUCUGCCCAUCGCCUCUCUGCCCCGCAUCGACAUCACACAGGCCGACCCUGAUAGCUUUGAAGUAGAAAAUGGACCAUCAUUGUGCUGCAGUCCUUCAGACCUGCAGGCAUCCCCGGGUUCAGGUCUGGUUCUACAUCCCAACCUGGCGGGCCAUGGCCAGCGCCGGGAGUCCUUUCUGUACCGCUCUGACAGCGACUACGAACUAUCACCGAAGUCCUUGUCUCGAAACUCUUCCAUUGUUGGAGAACUGCAUGGAGAGGACUUGAUUGUGACUCCAUUUGCUCAGGUUCUGGCAAGCCUUCGGACCGUCAGGAACAAUUUCACCACCUUGACAAAUGUACAAUGUGCAGCCAAUAAGAGGUCUCCCGCUGUGAAUCAGCCUUCUGUCACCAAAGUCUGCCUGUCAGAUGAGUCCUACCAGAAGCUGGCUAUGGAGACCAUGGAGGAGCUGGACUGGUGUCUGGACCAGUUGGAGACCAUCCAGACCUACCGCUCUGUCAGCGACAUGGCCUCCAACAAGUUCAAGAGGAUGCUGAACCGGGAGCUGAGCCACCUGUCUGAGAUGAGUCGCUCAGGCAACCAAGUGUCAGAGUACAUCUCCAACACCUUCCUAGACAAGCAGAAUGAGUUGGAGCUUCCAUGUCCAGUUCCUAAGUCGAGGGAAAGGAAGAGGAGGCAGGGCCAUCAGCAGCAGCAGGGUGGGAUGAUGACUCAGAUCAGUGGGGUGAGGAAGGUCAGCCACACGCCCAGCAUCUCUGGAAGCACCAGCAACCGUUUUGGGGUCAAGACGGACCAGGAGGAACUCCUGUCGAAGGACCUGGAGGACAUCAACAAAUGGGGCCUGAAUAUCUUCAGAGUGGCCGAGCACUCCCAUAACCGACCGCUCACAUGCAUCAUGUACACCAUCUUUCAGGAGCGAGACCUCAUGAGGACGUUCAAGAUUCCAACGGACACCUUUGUGACGUUCAUGCUGACCCUGGAGGGCCACUAUCACUCCGACGUGGCCUACCACAACAGCCUACACGCCGCUGACGUAGCCCAGUCCACACAUAUCCUCCUGUCCACUCCCGCACUGGAUGCGGUUUUCACAGAUCUGGAGAUUUUGGCCGCCAUUUUCGCUGCAGCCAUUCACGACGUGGACCACCCAGGAGUGUCCAACCAGUUCCUAAUCAACACCAACUCCGAGCUGGCUCUGAUGUACAACGAUGAGUCAGUGCUGGAGAACCACCACCUGGCCGUGGGCUUCAAGCUGCUGCAGGAAGACAACUGCGACAUCUUCCAAAACCUCACCAAGAAGCAGAGGCAGACACUCCGGAGGAUGGUCAUAGACAUGGUAUUGGCAACUGACAUGUCUAAACACAUGAGCCUGCUGGCUGAUCUGAAGACGAUGGUGGAAACCAAGAAAGUGACCAGCUCUGGAGUCCUGCUGUUGGACAACUAUACAGAUAGGAUGCAGGUUUUGCGUAACAUGGUUCACUGUGCGGACCUGAGUAACCCAACCAAGCCUCUGGAUCUGUACCGACAGUGGACAGACAGGAUCAUGGAUGAGUUCUUCCACCAGGGAGACAGAGAGAGGGAGAGGGGGAUGGAGAUCAGUCCGAUGUGCGACAAACACACAGCUUCAGUGGAGAGAACGCAGGUUGGCUUCAUCGAUUACAUUGUCCACCCUCUGUGGGAGACGUGGGCCGACCUAGUCCACCCCGACGCCCAGGACAUCCUGGACACACUGGAGGACAACAGGAACUGGUACCAGAGCAUGAUCCCCCAGAGUCCCUCCCCCCCCUUCUACACCAGCGACGGGGAGGGCGGCCCACAUGGGGAGGUGGAGGGGGGAUCUGUGGCGACCAAAUUUCAGUUUGAACUGACCCUGGAUGACCAGGAUGGACAGGAUGGAGACUGUGAGAGUGGGAUGAUGGAGACAGCUGACGGUGUGACACUCCAAGACCAUCCCUCUGAUCAGGACGGGGUAGAAAUGGCAACGUGCGACGUCACUCCAGCGGAAACAUAGCUGAACUGAUGUUGUUAGAGUGCAGCAGGUUUUGCUGUUUUUGGCUGAAUUAAUUUAAUUGCAGUGGAGCAAUCCUGCAAUCUGGCUCUUUGGAGCUGCCUGGCAAAGAGGGCCUGACUGAAUGUGGGGCGCCCCUGCAAACGAGGCUUGGAAACCCUGUGGCAGUUUGUUUUUGAGCCCCCUAGAAGGGAGCUGGAAGAGUGUAGCGUCUGUUCUUUAAAGAAGGGACUACUGUCGGACAGCAGAGGCAGGGCUGAAUCUUGGUUCCCACAGACAAAGAAGGUGAAGUGGACAAUAAAUAUCCAUAUACUGGGACUAGUAAAAAAUCCAAACUUGCACUUCAGGACGUCUUUUAUGUUCAUUUAGAGUCUUUGUAUUGUGUGAGGAUUGGAUGCCGCCACCUGGUGAAGUGUCCAACCAAAACUACUGGUCAACAAGUUAUUUGUAACCAAGUCGUUUUUCUAACACUUCAAAAAAAAAAAAAAAGUUGUGUGCCUUUUUUUUAACGACCAUGUCUUUUUUUAAGUGUUUUUAUAAUUUAUUGAACACAUUCAUGUAGCUGUAAAAUGUGUCAACUUUUCUACAAAAAGGACAUAUUUGUCUCACACAGUCUUCCUAAUGUUCUGGCAAUAGAAUAAGCUUGUUCUCACAAAAGCGUCAGUGGAUGUAUUUCUAAAAUCAGUUGACUUCCCAGCACAAUUUGCACUUUGUGGCAUAGGAUGAAGAGAGUGUUGAAAGCAUCAGUAAUUUACAGAAGACAUUAUAGUAAACAUGUAAAACCAAAAUAAUAAUUUAAUUUGAUUUAUUCAACUGUUUUCUUUCCAAUAAUUCACUUCAUAAGCAAUUAAAUAACUCAUAGAUCAAAUUCCUUGAAAGUGGAAAUACUUUUUUAUUUUUGAGUCCAAAAACUUUUUAUUUUUUAAAACAAAAAACCUCCAAAGAUCCUGUAAAGAAAGCACUUUGAUGAUUGCACUGCUACCUUUUGAAAAGUGUGAUCCCAUGCUUGUCACGAGUCACUAGUGUAACAAGUCAAACUUCCAACCAGAAGCCAAAUUGAGCCCUCACAUCUUCCUAUAGCUGGAUAAAGAGUCCCGGCAAAUGAAAGCCAAUUAUCAAUUAAUGAUCAUUCAUUAUUGACCAAAAAUAUCUAAGAGAAAAAACUCCUCAUCUUGCAUUGUGCUGAGCUGUGCCAUCUGUUUCCACCUUGUUAAUUCCCCCUUUUCAUUAGCUCUCUCACACACCUGUUGUGGUUAACAGCAUUCCAUUCUCGUGAAUACGUGACUCAUUCUGAACUUUGAAAGACUGUGAGACUGUGUGCACAAUUUAAAUAGACACCUUUUUGCGAAAUGUAUCCUGUAGUUUUUAUUCCAGCACUUUGAAUAUGUUGACAGUUCCGCAGCUGGUUGCUGAUCUGUCCAACACUACCUUUAAGGUACCACAUUGUAAGGUGCAACCUUCAAAAUUGGGGGGGGGGGUCAAUAUCGUGUCAUGACAUGAUAUUUCCUGUGUGUGUGUGUGUGUGUGUGUGUGUGUGUGUGUGUGUGUGUGUGUGUGUGCGCGCGCAUGUGAGUGUGUAUGUAAGUGGUCACAGAGUUGCACAACCUUGUUGCACCCAGCUGUGUUGCAGUGACCCUUCAGCUGUUUGUAACAGUGUAUUUAUGAUCUUAUUCUUGUAUAUGAUAAUAUUGAUAUUUGAUUGUUAAUUAUCCCUGUAUAUUUGUUAUUAUUUAUAUGCACUACCACAUGUCAAAUCACAGUUUGAUUGAACUUGUCUGGUGGUUCUGAUUUAUUGUGUUUAGCGAGCUGUUUUGCUAUAAGACCAUAACAUGAAGUUAUGCAGUUCAAUUUUGACAAUUUGAAAUGUAUGUUUGGUUUGAAAUUACCGGUCGGAAAUGUUUGUACAGUCUCAACCAACAACACCUCACGUGAGGUGCAGAAGAAGUCUGGCUUUUGUUUUUGUCUUUUGUUCCUGGCGGAUUAUGAAGGCUGAAUAUUUACUGCAGUAUAUUGUGUACGGUGACGGGUCAUUGUACAGCUAGAGGAAUAUUUGCUGAAAUAUAUAACAUUGUUUCAAAUAUAUUUUUUCAGUGUUUUCCUCACAAUAUAUGGUAAAAUGGUGUAUGUUGUGCUCAACAAAUGUUUUCUAUCAGAUUAUUAAAAUGGGCAUGUAUUACAGAA